AUGUCCGAGGGUGAGAAGCUGGUGAACUCCACUGCUUGGAAGCAGUAUCGGAUUUGGGACGGACGCAUCUUCUACCACAACAAGGAGACCAAAGUGAGCUGCUGGAGUAUGCCCCCGGACUUGCGCAAGCUCCGCGGGGAGAGCACGGGCUUGGACGACCGGCCGUUGCCGGACACCUCCACCGAGCGCCGGAAUGCCUUCCAGGAAUUCCUGGAGGAGCGCAUCGAUGCAUCCUGGGAUUGGCGCCGGGUGCAACAAGUGGCGCAGAGUGCGCCCCAGGCCAGCGGCGUUAGUGAGCAAGUGCAGAGACAAGUCUUUGCAGAGCUCUUGAGCAUGGCCUUGCGGAAGAGUGAGGCUCAGGCCAGGGCCAAGGCGCGGAACGCCGCGGUGGCCUUGGAGCGCCUCAUCGAGGAGCGGUUUUCAGAUCCUGAUGCACUAGGCACCAGCUAUGAGGAAGCAGCGCGCAUCCUGGGCGAUGAAGAGGCCUGGACCCUCAUCAAGUCGGAGGUGCGCCGGGACGAGGUCUUCCAAAACGUCAUGGAGCGCCUGGAAGAUAAGCAUCAGAGGGCCCGCGCGGAGAAGCGCACUGCGCGCGUGGUGCGGCUGCAGCGGCUUAUGGCCACCGACCCGGACCUGAAGCGCGCGCGCACCCGCUGGAAGGAUGCGGCAGCCGUGCUGGCUCGCCGUGAUGAGUUGCAGGAGGAAGAUCCACCCAUGGAGGCCAUGCGCGUUUGGACUUCCAUGCGGGAGCUGAGGCUGGCAUCCGCCAAAGACAUUGAUCUCAAGAGCAAGGUGCAGAAUGAGUUUUACCGGGACGAGCGCAAGCGUCGAGAUGCCUUUGUGCUGGCAAUGAAGGAGCAGGCGGCGGCUGAGCGCUUCACCAUGCACACCAGCUGGGCACAGCUGGAGGAGAUGCUCUUUGCGGACCAGCGCCUGCUUGGCAUGCGCGAGGGCGAGGGCGCCACUGCCAUGGAGCUCUUCGAUGAGUUCCUCGAGGAGCUGAAGCUGAAGGGGCCUGAGGCGUACGCGGGUGUCGAGCCAGCGCCCCCACCGGCGGUUCAGGUGCCGAAAGAGGUGCUGUUCAAGGCGCCCAAGGUGGAGGUGCACGUGCAUCUCGACGGCUCCUUUGACUCAGAGGUGCUUUUCCGAGCCGCCCAAAAGCAUUUGGAGGAGCUGCCUGUGCAAGUCCGGACUCCCUGGGACGGGAAGAUGCUGGAGGUGCGCGAGGCCAUUCGCAAGUGCAAGGACUUGGCCCAGUUCAAGUCUCUCGUCACGGUGGGGAAAGACGUGCUGGGCCUCUUCCCCAUCCUGGACUGCUUCUACGUGUUCCUGCCCAUCGUCAGGGGCCGCUUCGAGGUGCUGGAGGAGCUGUCUUACGAGUUCUGCCGGGAGCGGAAGGCGCAGAACAUCAUCUACACCGAGGUGCGAUACUCCCCCUUUGAGUUCCUGAAGCAGUGUGAGGAUGGGAUCGCGGAUGAAAGCCAAGCAGAAGAAGCGGUCAAGGCGGUGUGUUGCGGCCUGGAGCGGGGCCAAAAGGACUUCGGAGUGCUGGUGCGCCAGAUCUUGUGCUGCAUCGCCGCCCAGCCCAGCUGGUCUCAGAAGACUGCCCAGCUUGCGGUGCAGUAUGCUGAGCGCGGGGUGGUUGGCCUGGACAUUGCCUCUGGGGAGAUGCACUUCGAGGAUGCCGCCCUGCAGGCAGCGCACCGCCAGGCAACGGACCUGGCCAAACACGCCCUGGGCGUCACCGUGCACGCCGCGGAAGCGGGCCCAGGCGGCAACGUCCAGCAGGCGCUGGAUCUGUACAGCGCCAGCCGCAUCGGCCACGGGUACCGGUGCCUCGACACCGAAGCCUAUGAGGCGGCGAAAGCGAAAGGCACCCACUUCGAGCUGUGCCCAAGCAGCUCGGUCAGCACCCAGGCAGUACAGCUCAAGCACUGGUCGGAGCAUCCCAUCCGGAGAUUCUUCCAGGACCGCACCUCUUGCUCCAUCAACUCGGAUGACCCCGCCAUCUUCCAGUGCUCCUUGACGGAUGAGCUGGCGCUCUGCUUGGAGAUGGGCCUCACUCUGCAGGACCUGCGCUGGAUGACGCUCGAGGCGCUGAAGCACAGCUUCAACUUGGAAGCCCACCUCAAGGAGAGCCUCGCAGAGACGGUGACCGCCUUUUAUGACCGUCAGACUGGCGCGUGA